UGCUCCCUGCCCCUCCAAUGUCUCCUUGUCUGGUGUAAGUUUGCAGCAGGGGCCAGGGCCAAGAAGAUAGACGGUGGCUUCACCAGAGAAAGAGAGCGGGUAGAUGAGACUUAGGACCAUACUAAAGAUCUGACCUGGCCAAAAGGAGACCAAAGUAUUUGCCAAGUUGGGAAUCUCACAUCAGAUUUUACAACACGUGUGAAAAGAGUGAAUAUCCUUUCCUUUUUGGUGGGCAGAAGAUUUUGAAUAGGGGGAUUCAAAAUGGAGUCAGGAGGUGGUGGGGUGGCUGCAUUGGCCUCAUGUAUCAUGAAUGAAGAAGAACUGAAGAGAAAGCAAAGGGAGAAGUUAAAGAAAUUGCAGGCCACGGGAGGAAAUCCUCGACCGCCACGUUCUUUGUUCUUCUUCACGCUCAAAAACCCUUUCCGCAAGACCUGCAUAAACAUUGUGGAAUGGAAGCCCUUUGAGAUCAUUAUCCUGCUAACCAUCUUCGCUAACUGUGUAGCUCUGGCCGUGUUUCUCCCCAUGCCAGAAGAAGACACCAACAACACCAACUUAACUUUGGAAAGUCUGGAGUACAUCUUUCUGAUCAUUUUCACUCUGGAGUGCUUCUUUAAGAUAGUAGCCUAUGGACUCCUGUUCCACGAAGGAGCCUAUUUACGAAACUGUUGGAACAUAUUAGACUUUGUCAUUGUGUUCAUGGGGCUCUUCACACUUAUCGUGGAUACCAUCAACAUGAUUGCAGGAGUUCCUACAGAGAAGGGUGGAGGGUUUGACAUGAAAGCUCUCAGAGCCUUUCGUGUUUUGCGGCCUCUCCGGCUCGUCUCGGGAGUCCCCAGCCUGCAGGUGUUGAUGAGCUCUGUUCUGAAAUCCAUGUUGCCGCUUUUUCACAUUGCUCUGCUGGUCUUCUUCAUGGUCACUAUUUAUGCAAUUAUGGGUUUGGAGCUGUUCAAGUGUAAAAUGCACAAGACUUGCUACUACCAGGGCACUAACAUCAUUGCCAUCAGAGAGAAUGAGAAGCCAUCACCCUGUGCCCAGGCUGGACAUGGACGACGCUGCACCAUCAAUGGCACUGAGUGUCGGGGAGGUUGGCCAGGCCCCAACUUUGGCAUCACCCAUUAUGACAACUUUGGCUUUGCCAUGCUCACAGUCUUUCAGUGUAUCACAAUGGAGAGCUGGACUGAUGUGCUCUAUUGGGUUAAUGAUGCCAUUGGAAAUGAGUGGGCCUGGAUCUACUUCUUUUCUAUGAUACUGCUGGGUGCCUUCUUCAUCCUCAACCUGGUCCUUGGAGUACUGAGCGGGGAGUUUACUAAGGAGAGGGAGAAGUCACGGUCACGAGGAGAGUACCAGAAGCUGCGAGAAACACAACAAAUGGAUGAGGAUGUGAAAGGUUACAUGGAUUGGAUCACUCAUGCUGAAGUAAUAGAUGGAGAUUAUGAGGCGCUUCUUAGAAGGGACACAGAUUCAGAGACAGACAGCCUAUACCAGAUGGAGGGAAUCAACCGUGUGAUCUAUUUCUACCGACUUGCACGCCGUUGGAAUGUCAUUUUACGGAGGAAGUGUCAUGUUUGGGUGAAAUCAAAAUACUUCACCUGGUGGGUCCUGCUCAUUGUGUUACUCAACACUCUGGUCAUUUCUACAGAACACCACCACCAGUCUGAGCAGUUAACAAGAUUUCAAGACGUUGCCAAUACAAUCCUGCUGAUGUGUUUCACAAUGGAGAUGAUAAUGAAGAUGUAUGCAUUUGGAGUAAGAGCCUACUUUAUGUCCAUCUUUAACCGAUUUGACUGCUUCGUGGUCACGUCUGGCAUACUAGAGAUUGGCCUGGUCAUAUCAAAUGUCAUGACACCACUGGGGAUCUCUGUGAUGAGAUGCAUACGUCUUCUACGCUUGUUUAAGGUCACAAGGUACUGGAAAUCUCUUCGAAACUUAGUGGCAUCUUUAAUCAAUUCAGUGAAAUCCAUUGCCUCCCUGCUGCUGCUGAUGUUCCUCUUCAUCGUCAUCUUCGCCCUUCUUGGCAUGCAGGUCUUUGGUGGGAAAUUCAACUUUCCUGACAGAGCGAUACAGCGUAGUAACUUCGAUGACUUCCCACAGGCACUCAUCAGUGUGUUCCAGGUCCUAACUGGAGAAGAGUGGGACACAAUCAUGUACAAUGGAAUCAUGGCUCAUGGUGGACCUACAUUCCCAGGAAUUCUUGUCAGCAUUUACUUUAUAAUCCUCUAUGUCGGUGGAAACUUUGUUCUCUUGAAUGUAUUUUUGGCCAUUGCUGUGGACAAUCUGGCUGAGGCUGAGAGUCUGAACGCUGCACAGAGAGAAAAGGCAGAGGAGAAAGCCCGAAAGAAACUCAUGAGAAUAUUGCCAGAAAAGACUGACGAGGAGAAGGCUCUGAUGGCUAAGAGACUGAUUGAGUCAAGGUCAAAAGUUGAGGGGAUGCCCACCACAGCUAAACUCAAGAUAGAUGAGUUUGAAUCAAAUGUUAAUGAAGUGAAAGACCCCUUCCCUCCUGCAGACUUCCCAGGUGAUGAUGAGGAAGAGGAGCCAGAGAUUCCCAUCAGUCCCAGACCCAGACCCAUGGCUGACCUACAGCUCAAAGAGACAGUGGUGCCCAUGCCAGAAGCCAGCUCCUUCUAUAUCUUUGGCCCACAGAACAAGUUUCGCAAGCUUUGCCACAGGAUCGUCAACCACACCACCUUCACCAACAUCAUCCUCCUCUUCAUCCUCCUCAGCAGUAUUUCCCUGGCUGCUGAAGACCCCAUUGACCCCCGUUCAUUCCGAAACAAGGUCUUGGCUUAUGCUGAUAUUGUCUUCACAACGGUCUUCACCAUUGAGAUUGUACUGAAGAUGACUGUUUAUGGAGCUUUCCUGCAUACAGGCUCUUUCUGCAGGAACUCCUUCAACAUUCUGGAUCUCAUUGUUGUGGGUGUUUCCCUAUUGUCCAUGGGAAUGGAGUCUAGUACAAUCUCAGUGGUAAAGAUUCUCAGGGUGUUGAGGGUACUCAGACCUUUAAGAGCCAUCAACAGAGCUAAAGGGUUAAAGCAUGUGGUCCAGUGUAUGUUUGUGGCUAUUAAGACCAUUGGGAAUAUCGUUCUGGUAACCAUGCUCUUGGACUUCAUGUUCUCCUGUAUAGGAGUGCAGCUCUUUAAGGGCAAGUUAUACUCUUGUACGGAUCCCUUGAAAGGGACAGAAGUGGAGUGUCAGGGAACAUUUUUAAAGCAUGUGCAGAACUCUCUUCAGGACACAGAGGUUCAUCAGCGUCAUUGGGUCAACAGUAAAUUCAACUUUGACAAUGUGCUGAAUGGGAUGCUGGCUCUCUUCACUAUCUCCACAUUUGAGGGCUGGCCAGAGAUACUAUAUAAGGCAAUAGACUCAGAUGCAGUGGACAUGGGCCCUGUGUACAAUAACCGUGUGGGCAUCUCCAUAUUCUUCAUCAUCUACAUCAUCAUCAUCGCCUUCUUCAUGAUGAACAUCUUUGUGGGCUUCGUCAUUGUCACUUUCCAACAACAGGGAGAGCAGGAGUACAAGAACUGUGAGCUGGACAAGAACCAGCGUCAAUGUGUACAGUAUGCACUGAAAGCUGGACCCCUCAAGUGCUACAUCCCAAAGAACCCACACCAGUACCGCGUGUGGUACUUUGUAACCUCCUGCUACUUUGAGUAUCUCAUGUUCUUCCUCAUUAUGCUCAACACACUAUGUCUUGGAAUGCAGCAUUGCAACCAGUCUGAUCAUAUAACCAAACUAUCUGGAACUCUUAACCUCAUCUUUACAGUCCUGUUCACUGGAGAGAUGAUUGUCAAACUCAUUGCAUUUAAGGCAAAGGGGUACUUUGGAGACCCUUGGAACGUGUUUGAUUUCGUCAUUGUGAUCGGUAGUAUCGUUGAUGUCGUCCUCAGUGAGUUGGAUGCUGCGCUAGAGUCCAGUGGAGGACUGUGGUGUCUUCAUGGUUGUGCUGAAAUAAAUCCAAUGCAAGCUAUAGCUGAUGCAGAAAACGUGAGAGUUUCCAUCACAUUCUUCCGUCUGUUCCGUGUGCUGCGUCUCAUUAAACUGCUGAAUCGUUCAGAGGGAAUCCGGAACCUUCUGUGGACCUUUAUUAAGUCUUUCCAGGCACUGCCUCAUGUGGGUCUUCUGAUUGUUAUGCUCUUCUUCAUCUAUGCUGUCAUAGGAAUGCAGAUGUUUGGUAAAAUUGCCCUGGUUGAUGGUACUGAGAUUAACCGCAACAACAACUUCCAAACAUUCCCACAAGCUGUUCUGUUAUUGUUUCGCGUUGCCACUGGAGAGCAAUGGCCUAAGAUCAUGCUUGCCUCUAUGUAUGGAAAGCUUUGUGACGCUAAAUCAGACUACGGACCUGGAGAGGAGUAUACCUGCGGCUCUAGCAUUGCUGUUGGUUAUUUCCUCAGCUUUUACAUGCUGUGUGCAUUUUUGAUUAUCAAUUUGUUUGUGGCUGUCAUUAUGGACAACUUUGACUACCUCACUCGAGAUUGGUCAAUCCUCGGCCCGCAUCACCUGGACGAAUUCAAGAAGAUCUGGGCAGAGUAUGACCCUGAAGCAACGGGACGAAUCAAACAUCUGGAUGUAGUCACUCUUCUGCGUAGAAUUCAGCCACCAUUGGGUUUUGGUAAAUUUUGUCCACACCGCUCAGCAUGUAAGCGACUGAUUUCUAUGAAUAUGCCGCUGAACAGUGAUGGAACUGUGACCUUCAACGCCACACUCUUUGCACUGGUCAGAACAGCUUUGAAGAUCAAAACUGAAGGAAACUUUGAGCAAGCCAAUGAGGAGUUGAGGGCCAUCAUUAAGAAGAUCUGGAAACGGACCAGUAUGAAGUUAUUGGAUCAGGUCAUUCCCCCCAUUGGAGAGGAUGAGGUCACUGUUGGAAAGUUCUACGCUACAUUCUUAAUUCAGGAACACUUCCGCAAGUUUUUGAAGCGGCAGGAAGAGUACUAUGGUUAUAGGCCCACCAAAAAGAACUCUGCAGAGAUAAAGGCAGGUCUGCGUAGCAUUGAGGAGGAGGCAGCUCCUGAGUUGCACAGGGCCAUCUCAGGUGACCUGAUCGUAGAGGAUGACAUGGAACGUGCCUUGGAGGGUGGAGAGGAGGGCAUCUAUAGGCGGACCGGAGGUUUGUUUGGGAUCAACGCAGACCCUUUCACCUCUGAGCCCAGCAGCCCCCUCUCCACACAGAUGACUAGCCAGAGACCCCUACAGUUUACUGAGACUCACCUGGAGGAUGUGGAGUCACCCCCGGACUCGGUCUUCCUCACAAACACAGAGUUCUUCCCUGAUAGUAUGCCAGCAACAACCAACACCAAUAACAACGCCAACUUUAUCGAAGACAUCUCAUCCAGGUUUACAUUUGAGAGUGAGUCACUAUCAACAAACAGAAAUCAUUCUUGCGAAGACAUAAGACACUCCAGUUUCUAUGUGGGCGGAGCCUCAGGUGCUGAUGACAGAAAGCUAUCAGAUUUCACUGUCAGGACAGAUAUCACACAGUUCCCCUAUGAUCACUCAAAUGGAGCAAGAAGAGAAGAUUCACCAGCCACUGACAAACUCAUUCAGCAGGCACUGAGAGAUGGUGGUCUGGACUCCCUGGCUGAGGACCUAAAGUUUGUGUCUGUGACUAGGAAGGAGCUGGCAGAAGCCAUUAAUAUUGGCAUUGAGGAUAUGGAGGGCAUGGCUAAGGGUAUUCUAAAUGGGCAGAACGGCAAGGAAACAAAACGUAAACGGCGUCCCAUCCCAGUUCCACCCAGCGUCAAGCCAGCUAAGCCUAAAGAAGACACUAGUGCAGUGUAGACACAUACUCAGAGAUAUUUAACACAUUCAUGUGACAUAAUCAGCCUGAAUUUCCUGCCCAAAUUCAAAGUCACUUGCUUCUCUGUUUAUAAACCGGUAGUGUUUUAAAAGAUUCUUCUUUUCAAAGAGGCUAAAUAAGUUUUAGAGAAAUAAGGAAUUAAAGAAGACUUCUAUCUAGUCUGAUCUUUACUGUGUUAUUUCUGUUCCACUGAGUGGUAUUUGAACAACUAUGCUAAACACUGCUGUUUAGAACCUUUAAUGAGGUUUGGUACUUUGUGUAUAUUUCUUCUGGGUCCUUUGAUUCAGGAAGUGAUUUUUCUUUUCUUUUUUUUGUUUUCUGAACAUGCCAAACAAUCUAAAUAGAAGUUAUCACUCUUCUAUUCUGUGUGCGUUUACAGUAAACACACAGUUGAGUGAGUUGGAUGUAAUACAGAUAAGUGCCUUAUCAUUUUGUAAUCUGUGGACAACCCAUAAAGCAACAAAGGCAAGUCUUUUCUAAUGUACCUAUGGUAGAACUGUGGUUUAAACUGCACAUUUUUCUAAAACUGCAUUGGCUGACAGCUGUUAUUAUGUUCACAGGAAACACAUUAUUUUACAAAAUAUUGAACACGUUUUUGUUUAAUAAUUUGUUCCAUUGCAUCGAGGGAUAAUUAUCCAUUAUAUAUGGCUAGUUUACAGGAAAAUGUUUAGCAGUUCUAAUGAUUGAUUUUAGAAACAAAAUACUUUAUGUAUAAAACAUUUAUUGGUCUUAAAAGACAUUUUGAUUUUAGUUUUUUAAUUAUGUAUGCACAGGAAGUGUUUGUGUGCUUGUGCUCUUUGAUUGAGAGGCCAAGUACAAUAUGCAAAAAUGCUUAAUUCGCAUAUGCUCACUUAUUUAGCAAACACUUUUAUCCAAAAAUACUUCAAAAUGAGGAAAGAAGUCAUUUUAAUUGUGAAAAAAAUAAUUAUGCAUAUAGGAGGAGGGCUUUAAGGAAUAGUUCACCCAAAAAUGAAAAUACUCUCAUCAUUUACUCACACUCAUGCCAUCCCAAAUGUCUAUGACUUUCUUAUUCUGAACACAAAGAUUUUUAGAAACGUAGCUCAGCUCUGUAGGUCCUCAAGUGAAUGGUGACCAAAAUGUUGAAGCUCUAAAAGGCAGCAUAAAAGUAAUCCUUAAGACUCAACAGAGCCUAAAUAUUCUUCUAAAAAUCUUUGUAAGUGUUCUGCUGAAGAAAGAUAGUCAUACACAUCUGAGAUGGCAUGAGGGUGAGUAAAUAAUGAGAGAAAUUUUAUUUUUGGGUGUACUAUUCCUUUUAUGAAGCUUCAAAAUGUGAUUUUAAAUCUGCAAACUGAGUGCCUUUAAAACUCCUCUUGUACGUGAGCUUUUACAUUUUUGAAAAGAACUUGCCUCAGUGCUCAUAGUAGGAUUGAAUUCCAGAAUAAAUGUACACCUUUGUUUUCUCUGGAAUAUGCAAAGGCUCUGUCCAAGAAUUUUUCUAUAUAAUUUAUUGGCCUUUUGG